UGUUGCACAUAAGACAAACCCUAUUACAUUUCACAAAUCCAAAUAAUUUUUCCUUAAUUUUCUCUUUGGAGAGAGAAAUUAAAAUUCUCAAACAACGAAUCUGCAGCUCCAUCGAUCAGAAUAUUGCUUCAAUUUCAAGGUAAGGGUUGUGCAACUUGUGGGCAUAUGAGAUCUUACAGGCCAUCUACUUUGAAUGCUCAUUAUAAGAUGCGUUUUGAGGCUAUGCGAACGAAAGAAAAGAGUAAACCUGAGAGAAGAGUACAUGGCGUAGCCAUCCACGAUGAUGCUGGACGGAAGGACUUCUGUGAUAUCUCUUUGAGGAUGCUGAAGAGAGCAUCCCCCUAUAGCUCAACUGUUUUGGAUGCAUAUACUGGAACACAGAAUGUUAAUGCUGUAGGUAGGGAAGGUAAGAGACAAAGAGUGGAUCAAGCCACUUUCAGGAGAAAGGUAGAUGCUUUUGCUUACCCGGGAGUUAGUCCCAUUGAGAAAUGCACACACAAUACCUUUUACAAAGGAGUAAGUGGAUAUUAUGACUUGAACAGAGCUAAAGUCAAUACUGCUGUUACUGGCUCUAAUAUUGCUGCGAGUUCAGAAGAUAAUGAUUUUGAUUGUGAUGCUUCUUCUGUCGGGAGUUGUAGUGCUAGCAGUAUGAGGGCAGAUAAGUUUUCUAAUUUUGCUGUAGCAGUUCCUUUCCUAGGUACAGAUAUGCUUUCCACUGAUGCUGAAUCUUAUUGCCGUUCCUUUGAUGAAGUGGAGAAUCUCUCUCAUUGUUCCGAAGAAAGUGUAGAAGUAAGUAUUCAUAAGUUAGAGUUGCAUGCUUAUCGCUGCACUCUGGAGGCAUUAUAUGCUUCUGGCCCAUUAAGUUGGGAUAAAGAACUAUUAUUGACUAAUCUCCGCAUUAUGCUCCAUAUUUCCAAUGAUGAACAUUUGACAGAGCUGAAGAACCUUAUUCCGUCUGGUAGUACUCAAUAGCCUCUCCAGAUAUUAUUCUUUCUAUCGACAGAGGAUCUUAUAUUGUCCCUUUUCUUUACUCAACUGUAUGUCAAGCAAGAUAACUUAAUGUACUUGGUUUAUCCUUCUUGGAUAAUCAAAUUUGGUCCAUCUAUAGAGUUCCUGACAAUGUAAUUAGGUGUCAACAAUUUUCAAAGAAGUGAAUGUAUUUAGAUUGGUUCUUGUUUACUCCUUUUUUGUUUUUAGCAGGUUAUGCUUGAUAUACUUAUUGUAAUUGAGAUGCAUAUCAGGUGAUGGAACAAUUUUUUUAAGCUUUAAGCUUAAAGCAGUAGAAGACCUGGUGCAGGUUAU